UUCUACACUUCCUGUACAUCGUGGCAGCGCAGGAGAAGAGCACGCCUGUGACCGGUUGCUGAUUGUGAAAUGUAGUUAAUAGGUCUCCAAAUAUAUAGAGCGAGACAGACGCGAAGGAGACGCUGUCAUAUGUCUUGAUUUGUUUCUGAAAAAAAGAGCGUUUUUGUUUUCAUUAUAAUUUUAUUUACAGUGGCCAAAGUUUGUGUUGUCAGACUCGCGAUAGUUUGUGUCACACCAGCCCAGUAUACAUUUCAGCUGUGGAACGUGCUGCAGAUUGAUUGAAUGGAGUCCUUUAUAAUGAAAUGUGGUAUUUUGCUAAUGGUACUCUGUCUUUGUUCUAAAAAAGUAGAAGGGAAAAAAGACGAAGUAUUGUAUUGUUCCGCCUGCAGGGCAAUAGUUGAGGAGCUAAACUACUCCAUAAAACAAGUGGAUCCAAAGAAGACAAUCCAAGUAGGAAAUUUUAGAAUUGCUCCAGAUGGAAGCCAGAAACACAGUAAGGUCCCAUUUGCAAGGUCAGAGACUCAUUUAACUGAGCUGAUGGAAGAGGUUUGCAAUCAUAUGAAUGAUUAUUCCUUGUAUGUUGACCCGGAGACUAAAGAAAAACUGUAUAAGAGAUUUGCUCCAAGGGAUGGUGAUCCUGACAAAAGUAUGCUGGGAAACCUGCAACAUUUUCAGUUUGGUGAUGGACCAGAUUCUUCAAAGUCUUUGAAAUUUGCGUGUGAAAGCAUAGUAGAAGAGUAUGAAGAUGAUAUCAUUUCACUAUACGCCCAAGAGGCAGACCAUGUGGUGGAUAAGCUGUGCAGGGAUAUAUCAGAUCUAUGUAAAGACUCUCUUGCCUUCCACACUGAACUGUAAUGCACAGGUAUUGUACUGGAAAUGAUCCCGAGCAUUUAAGCAGAAAUAUCUGCAAAGAGAAAUAAAUGGACUUCCAAUGAUGACCAACCCCCCUUUUUUUUUUUUUUUAACAAAUAAUUUUAAUUUUAAAAAACUGAUUGUUUUCUGCUUUUAAACUUAGCCACUAGGUUAUGAUUAUGAUAUUGAGAAGCAACGUGACCAUGAAAACAGUGUCAUUGCUGACCUAGUUGAUACAUCAUAUGGCUAUAGACUUGUAUGUAAUGUCCAAAAAUAUAAAGAACUUGGAUUUGUUCAUGCAAUAAAAGUUUAAAAUGUG